AUGGUGAAUAUCAACGUGUGCACAGAUUCUGAGUUGCUUGAAGUCAAAGUACCCCUCAUAAUUCUCGGCACGCAGGGAUGGACGUUAGACAGUUUCACGAGUCCUUUCAGGGGAAACACCAACCCAACCCGAGAUGCUCUGCCCAGCACUGCCCUAGGCCUUCAUUCGAUCGAUCAGCCGCUAACCCGUCUGCUCCAUCCCGUGCAGACUGUGGCUCUCAAUUUCCGGUUCGUCGACUCUCUGAUUGCCAGUCUCGAGGCAAUGCCUGACGAAGGCGACAACAUCGCACGCCUCCUUGGUAGCUUGCAUAAGGUGCGUAUCCUGGAGCUCGCAUGCUCCAACACUGGAAACGCAAAUAGCUUCUGGGAUCAAUUCGGCUGGGGUAUUCUAGAAGCCCAGAAGCCAGGCUCCUCCCCCCUCGCCGAACUCGAAGAGUUCACUGUCGUUUACCGCUAG